UUUUACAAAGAAUAUAAAUGACUAAUUAAUAAAGUAAUACAGCGAGAAAAAUAAUAUUUUAUACAAUAUUGGCAAUUUUUUCGAGUACUUGCAUAGGGUGUCGAGUGCAUGAAAUAUUUCCUGUCGCCAAUCUAAAACUCGAGCAUUAAUAAAACCAACCUAAGGCUGGGGAAAAAGUCGUCCCUUCAUUAUUUACGGAGUAUAGAGUUACGGAGUUUCGUGACUAACAAGAUAUUCUUCGUCUUGAUUGUGUCUCGGGGAAAUGGCUUUAUCAAAAGUACGUAAUAUUGUCGGAUGUAUUUUACGCGCUCUCUCUUUAUUUGUCGUAACGCGAAUGUCAUGUCUAGUAGAGGCGAAGUGCGGCUUCGUACGUGCGCAAUCUUUGAAUAGGAGGUGAAUGAAGCGCGAGGUUGAAGCACAUCACAGGCGAUAUGUAGAGCGUGUUAUGCGCGAUUUUAUUUCAUUCUUAUUUUACUGUAUUGUAUACGUGCACCGCUUUAUCGCGCCCGUCCACGUUUCGUUAAGUUCAACUUUUCAAUCUGGAUCAAUCGCGCAUGAUAAUGGAGUCACACCUAGUUUUUAAUCGACUUAAUAUUCCAUAUUCGGAAAUUUCAGAAAAAAAAGCGCCAUUAUCCCACAGGACACAAAUGGAAGAACUUCACAACUUUCUCGCUCUCCUCAUUAACGCCAUAAAAUUAGCGACAGCAUUAAAAUAUUAGCGUAAAUUGUUAAUGAUAAAAUAUUAAUGUAAAAAGCAAUAACUUCUACAUUACAUUUUCCUUUUUCCGAAAAGGAUAAUACAUCAUGUAAUUCGUUACCUGACAGCGAUAAAAUGCAAGUCAGUGUGCAACGUUUAGAAGCGCAAGCGCCUGUUGUUUGCCUCGUGUUUUUGCCUCGUUAGCGAGACGAGAAUCAAAUUCGACUCGUGUAUAUUUUCUUAAUUAAAAUGAAAUUUAAUUAAGUUUCCUCGGAGAAUGAAAAUCAUGUAGGAUUUUUAUGAUAAGUUGGGGGGAUAAGUCUUCCGUGGGUCUUCCUCAAUUUUUAUCCGCUGGGAUUAACUCUUCUCUCCCUGCCGCAUAAACCGGACGCGGGGGAUGUUAACGUAGGGUUUGUCCCGCGUGCGGAAUAAUUCCGUGAGUGUGCGUGCUUGCGUAGAAUACAUUGCGUGUGGGAGUACACACGUGGAGGGCCGUAUUACGGGGUCAAGGGUGGCGACGGGCAGGCGGAAAGGGUCGCGGCGGGCGCUCUUCUCUUCGACUGUGAUUGCAGAACGGCGGCGGUGGCGGCAGCGAGCCGGUCACGGGGAUGCCGAGGGGAUGCGAGGAUACCGCGAGAUGACGUUCUCCAUCGCGCUCGUCGUACACUGACGCGAUCCCGGCCGGAUAACGAAGACGAUUGGCAGGAUGCUGCCGCCGCGCGGGCUGCCGCUGAUCGUCCUCCUCCUCGUGCAGCUGCGUCAUCGUGUCAUCUGGGCUUCUCUAGAGAGCACCGGGAUGUCCGAUAGGCUGGAGAACGUUACGCAGACAAUUUCGAGGAUACUCGAUGGCUACGAUAUCCGAUUAAGGCCGAACUUUGGUGGCGAUCCGUUGCGAGUCGGGAUGGAUCUCACCAUCGCAAGUUUUGACGCAAUCUCAGAAGUCAAUAUGGAUUACACGAUAACGAUGUACUUAAAUCAAUAUUGGAAGGACGAGAGACUCGCCUUUUCGCACGAGGACGAGAUCCUGACGUUAAGUGGCGACUUCGCGGAAAAGAUUUGGGUCCCGGACACGUUUUUCGCCAACGAUAAAAAUAGCUUCUUGCACGACGUCACCGAGCGCAACAAACUCGUUAGAUUAUCUGGCGACGGCUCGAUCACAUACGGCAUGAGAUUCACAACGACCCUGGCCUGCAUGAUGGACCUGCAUUACUAUCCCCUCGACUCGCAGAAUUGCACGGUCGAAAUCGAAAGCUAUGGAUACACGGUGCUCGACGUAGUUAUGUACUGGAAGGAAACUCCUGUUCACGGGGUCAAGGAGGCGGAAUUGCCGCAAUUUACGAUAAUCGGUUACGAGACCAACGAUCGAAAGGAGAAGCUGGCGACGGGCAUCUACCAGAGGCUCUCGCUAAGCUUCAAGCUCCAGAGAAACAUCGGAUAUUUCGUUUUUCAGACGUACCUGCCAAGUAUACUAAUCGUGAUGCUCAGCUGGGUCAGCUUCUGGAUCAAUCACGAGGCUACCAGCGCGAGAGUAGCUCUCGGCAUCACGACUGUAUUGACGAUGACAACAAUAUCGACGGGUGUUAGAAGCUCACUGCCACGAAUCAGUUACGUGAAAGCCAUCGACAUCUAUCUGGUGAUGUGCUUUGUCUUCGUGUUCGCGGCUUUGCUGGAAUACGCGGCGGUCAAUUAUACGUAUUGGGGCGCCAGAGCGAAGAAGAAGACCAAAAAGAAAGAGACCGACGAGAAAAAAAUACUAUCUUCCAAGACAGGGAGCAAAGUCAGUUCGCCUUUUCCUGGCUCCACGGACGCGGAUAUUAUAGAGCUUCAGGAUCUUAGAAUGUCGCCUCUGCCGAGCAUUAGAAAUAGGUCGGGCCUAGUCGGCGCUUCAUCGACACUGGGACCUGGAAGGGAUCACGACCCGGCCAAAUUUCCGCCGAGUUUUCGUAUUUCCAGGACCGCCGCUUACAACACGCACGGUCGAAACAGCGGUCUCAGGUACAGAGGUCCGAGACCGCAUAAACCAAAGAUGUUACACGCUCUACGCAGAGGAGCUUCCGUGUUACGUGUAUCAAUGCCGAAGAUCAAGGACGUGAACGUGAUAGACAAGUACUCGCGGAUCAUCUUCCCGGUCAGCUUCAUGCUGUUUAACGCCGUGUACUGGAUCUUCUACUUUUUCUGAACGGCGAACGAAUAUUAAAAACCGAAUUUCGCUCGGCCUCGUAUGCGCCUAAAAAGGACCAAUCGAUUCGGGAGGAUCCUUUCAAGUCUUCUAGCAUGACCAUCGAACGAUGUGCAAUAUUUUUCACGGGGAUGAAGGUCCACCGAACCAGCAGAUUUGUGACUUGGCUCACUUUCAUGAUCGUCGGCUCGCUUAUGCAAAAUGAUUCUCCGGCCCUCAAUUCCACAAAAUAGAUUUAAGAUCACUGUCAAAAGUGCGAAAUUAACGGAUCAAGUUAUAAGUUCAAAUAAAGCGACUGAUAAAAUCGAAAAGAAGAGAUUAUUAAAGAUCGGCAUAAUAAAUGAUUUGUAGAAGCAUUGACAAUAUAUAACGGAUUGGCAAUAGAACAUCAUUCUUUCUAUCUAAUAUAUAUUAUAUUAUAUAAUAGUUAUUUUCAUAAUUGUCAUUUUUAAGUCAUACAAUAUUUGCAGGCAUGGAUUAUAUCAGAUAUCAUUACGUACUAAACUUGAAAGGUAUUUUUCUUAAAAACUGCAAUAAAAUGUUUGAAGAGUGUUGUGUAGAGACAGUACAUUUGUGGCUUAACGACGAUUUCUAAAUAUAAUUUUAAGAAAUAAAUAUAGCUCUAUAAAAAUAAAUGAAUAAAUACGUAUAAUUAUCCGAGCAAUUAAACACACGUCUACCGCGAGUAGAUUUACAGAUAUACGGAAAUUUUGCUUUCGUUAUUUUACAAUGAGUCGUAAACACGCAAUUUCAAGAAAUCUUUAUUUUUAGAAGUAAAUAGUAUUUGUUAGACAGAGGCAUAUGUAAAAUAGAGGAGAUUCUCUAUUAACGGUUAUUGGCUAAGACAUAUAAUGAUUUACAGGGUAAGAAUAUCCAAACUUUCGUUUGUCAAUUAUGUUACAGACGAAUGGAUCGAUCAAAUGCACAUAUUUUUAACAAUCCAAUUUAACGUGAUUGUUUUUAUAAUAAUUAGAUGUACAUGUAUAUAUACGAGCAGUUUAAUAAAAAAUAAGUGUACAAAUAUACUACAUAUUUUUAUAUCAUUAACAAUCCACCUAAUAUUUAAAUCCUGUUUAACAUGUUUAAGUUACAGUAAUAUCUCUUUUUUUUAUAUUUGUGACCACUUUUCUCUUGCCUUGUGGCUUUCUCCUAACAGUAACUUGUUAUAUAUAAUUCAAUUUAGAAAUUUAGAGCAACAAUCCUGUAAGAUUGCUUCAUAUAUGGCUCCUAAUAUAGACUUCUAGUCCAAAAAUAUGGCUAUAUGUAAACUAUUAUAGACUUCAUAGAGUCCAAAAAUAUGACUACAAGUCUAUGUC